AUGUCUGUGUCCUCCUUGGACUGGAAAGUAAAGCAAGCGUCGCCUUCUACUGAGGAGAGCGCAUCGCUUGAGAAUGCAGUACAGUCUGCGUCUCGGCACAUGGGAAAUAAGACGAAUGGAUCUUCGAACCGCAAAAGAAAGCGACAGUCGAAAGCGGACAAGGACCGUGGUCCAGCGAAGACUUACCGAAGGAUCUUCGAAGAGACUCUCGACGGUCGCCAUACCUCUCGUAUUCAAAAUGUUCAUCGGCUGCCGCCCUCCCACAUAGGGGGCGCAUACUGGAGCGAGCACGAGAAGGAUGCCUUCUUUUCAGCCCUUGCGAUACGUGGUCCAGAUGACUUGCCUGGCCUUUCGAAAGAUAUUGGCACCAAGAGUCAAGCAGAGGUUAGAGCCUACGUCCUCUUGCUGCGCGACCAGUACCAUCGAACUGACUCACAAAGUCCUGCAUUGCUGGCUCGCAUGGCAGAUAUCCCAGCCCCGCAUGAAGUGGACGACCAAUGUGAGAGUCUCCUGGAUACAGCUGCUGACUCGCUUGCGCGCGAGACGUUCCUCCAAGAGGCUGAGGUAGAGCAGGCUAGAUUCGGAUCGCGGUGGUUGAUUGACAACGCUGUAAUGAUUAAGGAUGAGGACGAAGCCGAUAUCAAGGUAGAGGAGGAUGCAACACCUGACUACACUGAUAAAAUUGAGGAUGAUGAUGAGAGGGAGACUGUUGACUCAAAACCUCAGCAAGCUCAGUCGCCUUUCCAAGUGGAGUCUCAGACUUCUACCACCACCGACAAUGUAGGAGGACACCCACUUUCAGAACUGCUUGCUACGUCUUCUUUCAUUGCACUAUCCCAAACCCUGUUUAUGAACAGCAGCAACCGUCAAGACAACUGGCAGACCAUGGACGAUACCAUCGACAGCCAUUGGGCCACGAGUCCAGCCAUGUUCCGCUCUGCUCUCGACGACUUCCACGACAUUACUGUUCAGAUAACACGCAAGCUGGUACACGCAACGCUUCUCCAAGCCAUGUCAAGGAUCCGCGCCAAAGACACCGAUAACGCACCCGAACCUCUUGUGACCAAGACCGAUGCAAGGACGGCUGCUGACAUCUUGGGCAUGAAAGAUUGGAAGAUUUUCUGGGCGACUGUACCGAGAAGGUGUAGCGUCGAGGUGUACACUGAGGAGAAGAAGUUCAGAGACGGUAGGCAAUCGUCCAAGACAGGUGUCCGAUUGACGUAUGACGAAGUGGAAGCUGCGCUGGGCAUGGACGCUCGACAGACCACCGGAGGCACAGACAGCUACUGUAUCAAGGACGAGCCUGGAUCGUACGAGGACAGCGAUGGUUCUGCAGGGACAGAUGGCAGUAGAGAUGAGAAUUCUGAUGAAGGAGAGCAGGAAGUGGAUGUACUGGAGUUCGAGCUCAAGGAAGAUCAAGCAGUCGACUCCCAGGAUGUGAAGGCUAGUAAAACACAAACACUUCACCUCUUAGACCGGCUGGGCUGGGAGCGCUCGUCUUCAGAAGAUAGCGUGAUCGAUUUGUUGAGCGAUGAGGAACCUCCUGCCCGGACUAGGCGAGGCGAUUCAGAUUGGAGGGGGCACACAAAGUAUGAGCCUGGCUGGGAGCGUGCAUCUCGAUUGGACGAGUUAUAA